CCAAUCUAAGUUGUAGUUAAUUGUUAAUGAAAUGGCUCUAAAACGAUUGAAGACUAAAAAAUCAAAGCGAUUGACUGGUCGUCUUAAGCACAAAAUCGAUAAAAAGGUACGCGAGCACAACAGGAAGGAGCGUCGCGAUGCAAAGAAAAAUCCAAAAAAAGGCAGCAAAAAACAGAAGCUCAUUCAGAUACCGAAUAUCUGCCCAUUUAAGGAUGACAUACUGAAGGAAGUUGAGGAGGCCAAACAACGGCAAGAAGCCGAACGGCAAGCGCGCCGCGAUGCUUUCAAAUUAGAACGAGAGCAAAAUAAAUUCAAGUCCCUGGAAUCUAUGGUAGAAGAUGCAGACAUGCGGAGCACAGUCCAUGGAGCUAUGCACGAAGACGGUUCGGUCGAUGACAAUCAGAAAAAGUAUAAGAAUGCAGUCACAAAGGAGCAGUCUCUGAAGCAAUAUUUUAAAGAAUUCCGUAAGGUCAUUGAAAAUGCCGACGUUGUCCUGGAAGUAGUGGAUGCUCGUGAUCCCCUCGGAACGCGCUGCACCGAAGUAGAACGCGCCGUUCGAGGAGCCCCUGGCAACAAACGCCUUGUACUUAUACUAAACAAGGCGGAUCUAGUGCCUAGGGAAAAUCUAGAUAACUGGAUUAAGUACUUCAGGCGUGUAGGUCCAGUGACUGCGUUUAAAGCUUCUACACAAGAUCAGGCGUCACGUUUAGGUCGCCGAAAACUUCACGACAUGAAAUCCGCUAAAGCCAUGCAGGGAUCGGUGUGCAUUGGAGCUGAGCUACUAAUGUCGAUGCUGGGCAAUUACUGCCGAAACAAAGGCAUCAAGACAUCGAUACGAGUGGGAGUUGUUGGAAUCCCAAAUGUGGGAAAGAGCUCAAUAAUCAAUUCGCUGACCCGAGGAAGAUCGUGCAUGGUGGGCAGUACCCCAGGUGUGACUAAGGCCAUGCAGGAAGUAGAACUUGAUUCAAAGAUCAAACUAAUCGAUUGUCCGGGGAUUGUAUUUACGAGCGGAGCUGAAAGUUCACAUGCAGUGCUCAAGAACGCCCAGCGCGUGGGCGAUGUAAAAGAUCCAUUCACAAUUGCGGAAAGCGUUUUAAGACGAGCCAGCAAAGAGUAUUUCUGCUCUAUGUAUGAUAUUACAAGCUACGACACCUUUGAAGAAUUCUUUGCAAAGAAGGCUGCUAGAAUGGGAAAAUUCUUAAAAAAAGGAGUGCCUGAUGUUGUGGCAGCUGCGCGCAGCGUGCUCAAUGACUGGAACACUGGCAAAAUAAAAUAUUGCACACAACCUCCCGAAGUAGUCGAGCCGCAAAGUGUCCACAUUAGUGCCUCGAUAGUACACGCCGAGGCCCGCGAGUUUGAUGUUGAUAACUUUGAGUCCAUGGAGACAGAUAUACUAGAGCAAUGCACUGUAAAAACAGAUGAAGCUAUGGAGAUCGCAUGCACAGGUUCUCUGGAGAUUAGGAAACCUCGCGAAGAAGAUGAUACGGCGACUAAUAUUUCACCAAAUCUAGUUAUCAACGAGAAGGACAAGUCGUUGAGAACUCGUAAAAGAAAAUUGGGUGAUGAAAAAGAAAAACCAGACCCCGUACUGCUUUUAGAAGAAAAUCAAUCGCUCAACAAAUCUAUAAAAGAAGUGCAAAAACGAAAGAAGAAGCAGAAUGUGCGUAAUGAGAAGAAAAUUUCAAAAAUUACAGAUGUUCUGGAUAACUUCAGCCUGGGUUCGGGUUCAUCUACUUCAAAAGCAGAUAAAUAUGAUUUCGAUAAGGAUUAUGUAAUUGAAUAAAUUAUCUGCACUAUCCGAUAUAAUAAAUCAGACUAUGAUCUGGGUGACAUUUUA